UUGUUCGGGACGGGAUGUGUGUGUCUGUGCCUGUGCCGUCCGGGAUCUGAGAUUUUUUGGGUGGUGGCUGUUUGUUUAACUGGAGUAAAUGCGCUGGAAUGCAGUCGACCAGCUAACUUUACUCGGUCGAGUUUGAGCGAAAUUUCGGAUUUGACCUCGACAUUUCUCGAGCCGCUCUUCUUCUUUUCCUGUGGACUCGUGUUUUACUGGUCAUAGCAGCUUUUAUUGAUUAAGUCACAGAUCGAGCUGAGUGCUAACGGCAUACACAGAUGCAGGCCAUAAAGUGUGUGGUGGUGGGGGACGGGGCUGUGGGAAAAACAUGCCUGCUGAUCAGCUACACAACCAAUGCUUUCCCUGGAGAGUACAUCCCCACUGUGUUUGACAAUUAUUCUGCUAAUGUGAUGGUGGAUGGGAAGCCAGUAAAUCUGGGACUGUGGGAUACAGCAGGACAGGAGGAUUAUGACAGGCUUCGACCACUGUCCUACCCUCAGACGGAUGUGUUCUUGAUCUGUUUCUCUCUUGUGAGUCCAGCCUCAUUUGAGAAUGUCCGUGCAAAGUGGUAUCCAGAGGUCCGACAUCAUUGCCCCAACACCCCCAUUAUUCUUGUUGGAACUAAACUUGAUUUGAGAGAUGACAAGGACACAAUUGAAAAGUUGAAAGAGAAGAAACUCACUCCGAUCACCUACCCUCAAGGCCUCGCUAUGGCCAAAGAAAUAGGAGCUGUGAAGUACCUGGAAUGCUCAGCCUUAACACAGCGUGGCCUUAAGACAGUGUUCGAUGAAGCCAUUCGUGCUGUACUGUGCCCGCCCCCGGUGAAGAAAAGAAAGAGGAAGUGUUUACUCCUCUGAAUUGACUGCAGACAGCAGCAGCUGCAAUCUUAGCUCACCUAAGAGGAGAACAAUUGAGGAUUGUGGGAAAUGUGUGUUGGGGAAGGAGUAUUCUGCACCUUGUAUCCAUGCAGAUAUUGCUCUCUCUUACAUUGUAAUUAGAGUUACACAAUUAACUAGCUAUUAAAAUGCCUGAGAAUUUGCUUCCGAGAGCUGGGGAGCGGCAUCUAUAAUUUCUGCCAUUCUGCCAAAAGUUAAACCUACAAGUAAAUGGAUUUUAAUUUGCUAACACUAACAAUCUCUCUCUUUUUUUUAAUAUUAUUUUUUUUUUUUUUUAAAGAUGGAAGGUUAAUCAUGCAUGCUUGCUAGAAACACAGAUUGCAGUAAUAUUGAAGGAUCUAUUUUAGAAGUGGACCCUUGGAAAAAAACACAGAAAUGGUUAUCGGUUUCUGUGUUAUGGUUCCCAUGCUAUAGAAUUUAUUUUGUUUAACUAAGAAAUGUACCUAGUUAAAAAUGUAUAUAACAGCAUUGUGUUGUCAGCAUUUAGCUUAUUUUCACUACUGUAUUUGAAUAUUCAGAAAGACCAUUUUUUAAAUCUUUAUCUCUAUUGUCAUCAGUCUGUUGGAAUUUGGCAGUGUUUUGUCCAUUUUACACUCCCUCAGUAUUGUAUUUAGACAGAUAUACCAGUGCCUAGUAUCAAAACAGGAUUUUGUUGGAAGGCUGAUCAUGCCAUUUGUACCCUAAAUGAGAUGCUUCUACAAGUGGAUUCUUGUUAACAGUAAUUGAAAAGAUAGAAACUAUAUACAUUUUUAUAAAAACAAAUUUAGGGUACUGACAUCUGAAGUAUUAUACUUCUAAUUGGUCUUCAAACAUUGUUAAAGGGGAAAUGGUUGCAUUUUACCACAUAGAAUGUUUAAUUUCUUUGACAGGCCAUUUGACAUGCUUUAUUCAUGCUUUUAACUGUCUCCACUAAAGCUACAAUGUAUUAAUCUUUAUGUCUGAAAUAGAAAUUGAAUCUAAAAC